UCUUAUUGCGCCAAGUUUUGGAGCACGCUUUCUUGAAGUUAGUUGCGGGUUCAACUAGUCAAUAUCACUGGAGGGCUAGUUUUAUUCUAGAGGAGCGGUUCUGCUGUGGCUAAAUGAAAUGUGGAGCCAACUCACCUGACCGAUCGUAGUUGAGUCUACACAGUAGGAUGUGUAUUACCGCAUAGACACAACUGGCAUAACCUCACUCUUAGAAUCGAGAUCCCACACAUCUCACGCGAAAAUGGGACUACAGGAGCUCAUCUGUUUCUUGAUUCUAUUCUUUGCCUGCUUCGUUGGAUUAAGUUUGGAAAAUCCGACAAACUGCGACGAAGUGCGUAAAGUUUUUCAACUGAGGCAAAUUGGACCAGUGAAUUCAUUGCCGGAGAGUCCACGGACAGGUGUGGACCUUCAGGUGUGCAUGUCCAAGAACCUAACAUGCUGCACCAAGAAGAUGGAGGAGCGCUAUCAGGUGGCGGCCCGACGCGACAUCCAGAACCUUCUCCAGACCUCCAGCUCCAGUUUGAAGUUCCUCAUCUCCCGGAACGUGGCUGCUUUUCAAGAGACCUUUGAGGGUUUAAUGAAGCAGACGGAGAACCACACCAACACCCUCCUCCUGGAGUCCUACAGGAACAUGGCUGCGGAGGCGUCCGCCCCCGUCGGGGAGCUCCUCACCGACGUCGGUCUCUUCAUCCUGGGCUCGGAGCUCAGCGUGGACGACCUGGUCCAGCGCUUCUUCGACGCCCUCUUCCCGUUAGUCUACAACCACCUCAUCAACCCGGGCCUCAGUGCCAUCGCCCCCGGCUACGCGGAGUGCGUGAGGUCCUCGCGCCGCGACCUGGUGCCAUUUGGAGAGGUGCCCAGCCUUCUGGCCAAUCAGAUUGGUCGCUCGGGGGUCCAGGGCCGCCUCCUCCUCCAGGCUCUGCACCUGGGCAUCGAGGUGAUCAACACCACGGACCACCUGACCUUCACUAGAGAGUGUAGACGAGCCCUGCUCAGGAUGCAGUUCUGCCCUCACUGCCAGGGUCUGACCCAGUCCAAGCCCUGCAUGGGCUACUGCCUCAACGUGGUGCGCGGCUGUCUGGCCAGCAUGGCCGAGGUGGACCCCCACUGGAGGGAGUUUGUGCGCUCCCUGGAGGGCCUGUCGUCACGCAUGCACGGCAACCAGGACAUAGAGCAGGUGCUGCUGGGUGUUCACACGCUGGUCCACGACGCCGUGGCACACGCUCAGAAGAACGGGCCACGCCUCUCCGCCCAGGUCCAUAAAGUGUGUGGCCACCCCAAUAGAAGGCCUGCCCAGUCUGUCAGUGUCCAACAGGGCGGUGCUAGAGAGUCCAUCCCUCUCAAAGCCCCCCUGAGGGAAGCUGUGGACUCUCUGGCCACCAGGAGGAAGGAGUUCCUGAACAGCCUGCGUCUGUACCGGACGUUCUACGGUGGCCUGGCCGACCAGCUGUGCGUGAGCGAGCUGGCGUCUGCCGACGGUCACUCCUGCUGGAACGGAGCCGACGUGGUCAAGAGUUAUACUCUGAGGGUGGUGGGCAAUGGGAUCAAGGCUCAGACCGCAAAUCCAGAAGUCAAAGUGAAGGGAGCGGACCCUGUGAUAAAUCAGAUCAUCGAUAAACUGAAACACAUCAAUCAGUUGUUGCAGGGAAAGUCUAUUCCUAAAUACGGGACGUUGGACCAGAUCGAGACGGGGAGUGGGGAUGCAGAAGGUCGCUCCAGCGGAGACUGUGAUGACGAGGACGGCUGCGGAGGCUCAGGGAGCAGUGAGGGGAGGAGGAACGUCCUGAGGGUCUCCAAACUGUCUCCUGACUCGGUCGACGACCACCGACGCUCCCGCCCACAGGGAGAGGACCUGGAGACUGGGUCCAGCUCUGCUUCCAGCUCACACAGGAGGAUGACAGCAACAGGAGUCCUCUUGGCCCUGAUCUUAACUUCUUUACUGACACUGCUGUCCUUGUAAUAGAGGCAGACAACUUGUGUGACCCUCUCAAGACAAUUUUUUCUCCAUAUAGUUCCCAGAAUGAAAGGUCAGGGUGAUGCAUUUGACAGAGCAAAGUGAUGAACGUUGGACUCUUAUGGAAUGGAGGACGAGUGCAACACAAGACUGGAAACAGAAAUCAAAGAAAUCAAAGAAACCUGUUUAAACUUGUAUGCAAUGUGUUUGUAUAACAGAGCUUACACUUUGACUCUAAUAUAGAGGAGAAACGAUAACUGUCAAAUACUGGUUAAUUUCAACAUGACAUUUUAAAGCUAACAACUUUAUACUGAACUAUUUAAAAAAAAGCUAAUGUCACUGCCACAAAUUACAUCCGUCCCAAUGUCUCAAAGUUAAUGAAAAUGUACCCUUUUAUGAUGUACAAAAGUAAAAAAUAAUAAUUUUAUUGGAUUUCUUUUAUUAAUAUAUUGCAUUCUUUGACAUAUAAAUAUACUACAGUAAAAUGUGCAUCCUGUUUAUUACAGGAUUGGAACGUUUUCUUUGUCUCCCUAAUAUUAUUUGGGGUACCAUGUAUCUCAUUUUACUCUUAUCCCCCCCAUUACCUUUUAAAUACAGCUUUUGAAAGUAUUUUUUCACAAAUCCAUGUUCUUAUAUGCUUUUGUAAAAAAAUGAAAUGUCAAUUAUUCCCCUUUCUAAAAGCUGUUCAGUUAUUCUUGUCUGUUCAUACUCUAAGCAGAGUGCUUGACAUGGCACUGGUCUAGCCCAUCCCACACCUAUCACUAACGUCACACCUGCCUGGAGUUCUUUUAAUUGAGACAUCUUAACAUGGGGGAUUUAAGAAAGGGAAAAGGAGGAAGGGAAUGAGGGGGUGUAAGUUCUUUUUUUUCCUCACAUGCCUCCAUCCUUCCCUCCCUCUUCUCGCUUCCUCAGAGACAGAUUAGUUUCCCCACGAGUCGAUUAUCGUCUUUCACACUCAGUCCUCCUCUUUUUUCCUUCUCAUGUCUGGAUGCGAAGCUAUCGUUUGUGGAGUUGCAGGUGUGGCAGAACUCAUUUCUUGACUACCUGUUUCAGGUUCCCUUCAGACCAAUGUAGGCUUGAAUCUCUCUAUGAAAUUCAAUCUGAAAUAGCAGUUACUUCAUCAUUUUGAUAAUCUGACCCUACUGCCUACGUGUUUCUUCUCAAGAGAACAACAGAGAGUAAUAUAAAUGUCUUAAACUCAGACGGUCAAGAAUUGACAGAUUGACAUUUCUCUGAAAUGAGAAAAUACAUUGUAUUCAAGUCUUUCAGGUUUGGUUUGGUCAUGAACAACAUUAAUGGACAGUUGUUUGAGAAAUUAAACUCAUCAUGUAAAUAGACAUGGCUUCCCUGCCUGAAUGUCCACUCACAAUGUAAAUGUCUUAUUCUCAGUCAAAAACAUUGUUCAUUUUUACCUGAAGUGAAUCUUGGGAUAGUCUACUCUAAACCAUGACGUUGGUGCUCUUUUUUAGCUCUUAAGCUCCAGGGAUCUCCUGUGGAGAUGAAUACUGCUGAGU